AUGAUAAUAGAGCGCCAUCGAAAACUUACGUCUGAGUCGGAAUCGAGAGACAUUUCCCUGGGGGCCCAAAAAGUACUUCGAGGAAAAGUCGUGGAAGAAGUUAUAUCCAAUACAAAGUUAUUGCCAAAAAAGCAUCGCACCACAAAGGCGGUGCGUGAAAUGCCAUCAUCGAUUACUCUGGAGUCGGAAUAUUACUGUCCUUCAAGCACCAUUACAGCCUCACAUCUGACAAAGAAGCAGACAUUCUUAAGGGUCCAGCCGCCAGCAAACAGGGAGAUCAUCAGCAAGCUGGUAGAGAAGAUGACCAUGGUUUGUGGCAGAGCCAAAGCUGAGGAUGUUGUCCCCACAGCGUCUCAGGGUUCCCCGAAGCAAUCAUCCGGAAAACGUAAGGAAAUGGCGACUCCUGGAACGUCCCGGAACAAACAAAAGUCAAUCAAAUCGAAUCCAGAUCGGCGACCAUUGUCUUCCCGAAAGGCAGAUCGUGGUGCCAAGGAGAAGGUGGAACGUGUACAGAAAAAGAAAAUUAUGGCCAAGUCUCCCACCAAGCUCUCAAAGAAUUCAGGUCGAAAAAUGCGAAGCGUUAGGGAAUCCUCCCGUUCCUUUAAAGCUGUGCCGCUUUCCAAUGAUCGCUGGCGAAUCUAA